ACAUGUUGGUGAGAGAUUGUACCAGGAGGCAGCGUUAACCGGUAGAACCAGUCAGGGUGAAGGAACAGUCGGGCGUUUCACCUUAACGUUUAAUCUUAACGUGUACAAGUGUUCUUGUUAAACGCCUCUGAACGCUGUGACACCUCCACCGCCACCUUUUCAUCGUCGAGGCUGGAGGAGGGAUGGUUUUUACUGGACCUUUAACAACUUUUGGUGAAAGAUGUCUUGUAUUUUGGUCCGUCUGUUUGUGGUUGUCCUCGUGAUUGAGAAAUCCACCUCCUCUUCAAGGGACGACCCGACCCCUUCAUGCCCGCCUCACUGGUCCCUGUUGGGGGGGAGAUGCUUUGCCUUCUACCCUGUGUGGAGCUCUUGGAGCGUUGCCAGUUCUUUGUGCUCUCAAACAGGUGGCCACCUUGUGUCUCUUCACACGCCAGAGGACGUUCAGUUUGUCCUCCAGCUAGCGAACUCAAACGUUCCAGUGUGGCUCGGUGGAUACCAGGAGCAACAGAAUGGCUCCUGGUUUUGGAGCGACGGCUCCUCCUUCAGGAGCAGCAACUGGACCAAUCAGGAGAGGGAAAAGGUGGAGGAGGGCGGGGCUUGCAUGGAAAUGGAUCUAAAAAGUGGAGAGUUGAACAGCGCCCCCUGUGGAGAACUCAGAUUCUACAUCUGCUCCACCAGAGCCAGCUCCGCCUCCAGUGUCUGUAGCAGCAGCAGCAGCAAGAAACUUCUUAAUUCAGAUAUCGUCCCCGGUGUGAGUUUGUUCGACGUCGUGUGGAGUAACAACGAUUUGUUGGCGGAGGAAACUCUCAUGUCAUCCUCGUUCCUCGGAGAUCUGAGGGACGGUCGUGUGACGGAGCGCCGCUACUCCGACUUCAUGCAGCAGGAGGCGCUGUGUCUGCACAGAGUCGGCGGCACGCUGGAGGCCCUGAUUGUUAAUAAUCCAGUGGAGGCCGGAGACAUGAGGUCACUACUGAUCGACACACUUGAACAAUACAACAGUAGGAACCAGAGUCUCGUCGAUUCCCCUCCCCCAAAGUGGCUCCAGUACUCGCUCCAGACCCUCCACUCCGUGGUUCUGGAGGAACCCGUCUACUGGCUGGUGGCUCUGUCGGCUCGGGCCGGCCUCCGAAAUUACCUGGCUAAGAGGCUGCUGGCCGAGGUCAAGCCGCCGACGUCCGAGUCCGGACUCCUGUACCAGGAGUGGAGCCAAGAAAGUCUGAAGGAGGCUGCCUGGAUAGACCGCUAUAAGAAGGUGCUUGAAGAACACCAGGACCAGGUGGACACGUAUAAAGCCAUUAACAUCUUCAGGGAGCACAUGGUGAACCAGAAGAGUCUCUACAAGUAUGUUUAAGGCUGAGUUAUCAGGUCCAUGUGGAGACGAGUCCUGGUGCUGGCGUUUCUCACUUAUGUCUGAAGAAGGACCUGCUGGUUUAAAUGGGAGCUUCUGCAGGUGUGCAGAUUAUUUCUACAGUUUUUCACUAGUGUUUAAAAUAUUUCUAUAUGGAAUGAAACUUUGAAUAUAUGGAAUGAAACUGAUUAUAAUGUCUGUCAUUUUGGUAAAAGUUUCUCUCUCUGGCCUUCAGGACUAUUUACUAUGAAUACUGUGACAUAUGAAGGAGAAGUAUGGUCUCUAUUUGAAUCACUGACAUUCAGGGAUGUUAACAUGUGAGGAGGGAAAACUAAUACCUUGGAGAUUUGAAAUAAAGAGAAACGGUUAAAAGUA